CUUAUGAUAUACAUAAUACGAAUUAUUAUGUAUUGGUUACAUGUAUUGAUUGUCCUUUAUGGGCUAAUUAUAGCAGGUCAUAUACAACACGAUAGGACGGAAGAGUCGGGGAAAAGAAUAUUAAUGCAACGGGUACAAAAAUGUCCGUUUUUCUGGAUAUAGCGACUCACCUACCACUGUGCAAACAGGACAAGCAGGAAAGUUAAAAGUAUAUCAAGUCACCUUAACAGUUCAAAAUAAGAAGAGACACCCUGUCGUCGAUAUCCUUUUGGUAAGAGCAGUUCUCUUUAUUACGAAAGAAACCAUUUACCAUGUUUCACGACGGGCAGAAACGACGCGCUGUCGCACCUUGGAAACACGAAUAGGAUGAGGGCAAACCGACGAACAGCCUCCAAUGCAGCGGAUGCAGGAGUGACUGCAGCACAUAGGAAACCCGUCACAUUUUACAGAUGUGAGAAUAUUAACUUCGUGUGGUUUUGGGAAAGAAACUGGAAAAUUAUUUUGCAGUUAAAUUAAACGACAAAGAACAACUUCUAGGUUAGUCUGCAGGUGCGAUGUCCCGCCUUCUCUGGACUUUCCUUGUACUCAUGCUACGUUUUUUUUUUCUUAUACUAGCUUUUUCUUUAAUUAUUAACUACCUUCUGGCGCUGGGUGAUAAAGGCAGUUACCUGCUAAUGUGUGAUUGCGUAAGGACAUCUUCCUAUAUACCUUUGGAAAGCGGAACCUCCUGAAUUACUGUACCUAUAUACUAACUGUUAUAGCCAUUAAUAUAGAUUCUGUUGACUGCCCAGACAAGAAUUCACAUUAGACCAUUUUUAUCCUGAGACUAUAGGUGCAAGUAGGUGUUCUCGCCACAUUUCCUUGAGAUUCUUAGGAUUGACAGUGCACGAGGUUACCUUGCUUAACCAGAGAAACCGCACAUGCUGUAACUCACGUGAAACAUGCAUGAGGAAAGAGGAAAGUGAAACAGCAUGAACAGUGAUUUCAGUUGCUACACACACUCGGCCUGUAUCACACCUUCUCUCCAAGACUCAAGAAGCGCUUCGUAGAUAUAGACUGUGCAACAUGCCGCAGGCACGGACGUCAUAUAACUCAGGUUACCUGUCAGGUUUCGCGGGUCAGGACGGACAGGCUGCGCAUUCAGGCAGCCUUGGUUGCUGCGGGUGGAUCCUGGUGAUCUUGUCUGGUAUUUUUGUGCUGCUAACUUUCCCAAUAUCCAUCUUCCUGUGUCUAAAGAUUGUCCAAGAGUAUGAACGUGCCGUUAUAUUCAGGCUGGGUCGCAUUACUGACAAGAAGGCCAAGGGCCCAGGAAUUUUCUUUAUAUUGCCGUGCACUGAUUCCUUCGUCAAGGUGGACAUGAGAACAGUGUCAUUUGACAUUCCCCCCCAAGAGAUCCUCACCAAAGACUCGGUGACUGUGAGCGUGGAUGGAGUGGUGUACUUCCGGGUCAGCUGCCCCAUCUCAUCCGUGGCAAACGUGUCAAACGCAGAUUUCUCGACGCGCCUUCUGGCUCAGACCACCCUGAGGAAUGUGCUGGGCACCAAGAACCUCUCUGAGCUGCUGUCAGACCGGGAGGGCAUCUCACACAGCAUGCAGUCUACCUUGGAUGAGGCAACAGACUCCUGGGGCAUCAAGGUGGAGAGGGUGGAGAUCAAGGAUGUGAAGCUGCCGCAGCAGCUGCAGAGGGCCAUGGCGGCCGAGGCGGAGGCCACGCGGGAGGCCAGAGCCAAGGUGAUUGCGGCAGAGGGUGAGAUGAACGCUUCGCGGGCGCUGAAGGAGGCCUCACUGGUGAUUGCCGAGUCACCAUCUGCCCUGCAGCUGCGCUACCUGCAAACUCUCAACACCAUCGCUGCAGAGAAGAACUCCACCAUCAUCUUCCCCCUGCCCAUAGAUAUAAUGGCUCACUUCAUGGGCAAGAAAUGAGCACGCCCCCCUGAUUCACUAGCAAAUCAGGGACAGGAAGUCAAUCUGGAUUUGACCAAUCACCAUCAAAUAUAAUUACUUUGAGUAUGUGGACUUUGUGGGAUUCCGGUUUUUUAAACAUGAAGGUCACAUGGUUAUCUAGAUCUUUAAUGGAUCUUGGUAUUUGUCAUGAUUUACGAAUUUAAGAGACAAAACUGAAAAUACUCUGAAUUUGUAACAUAUGUGCCUGUGCUGUCCUGUAGAUGAGAAACCACAGUCAAUGUUAAUUUGCUGGUUAUGUAAAAUGGUAUAGUUUAAGCAUUUUUACUUCUUUUAAUUGAAUUAAAAUGUUGGUAAGUUGGAAUUAAGCCUAUCUUAUAUCCAUUUUCCAAACCGCUUAUCCUACUGGGUUGCGGAGGGUCCGGAGCCUAUCCCGGAAGCAAUGGGCAUGCGGCAGGGAACAACCCAGGAUGGGGGGCCAGCCCAUCGCAGGGCACACUCAUACACCAUUCACUCACACAUGCACACCUACGGGCAAUUUAGCAACUCCAAUUAGCCUCAGCAUGUUUUUGGACUGUGGAGGGAAACCGGAGGAAACCCCACGAUGACAUGGGGAGAACAUGCAAACUCUGCACACGUGACCCAGGCAGAGACUCGAACUCGGGUCCCAGAGGUGUGAGGCAACAGCGCUAACCACUGCACCACCAUGCCGCCCCUGCCUAUCUUAUAUGCCACCGAAUAUUUGUAACCAAAGACAUAACUGGCAUGGUUUGAUAAAGAGUGUAAUAAAUUUAUGCUAUAACUAUA